CAGACUCGGCAACUCCAGCAAACGACCCGCACCAGGACACAGACAGUGUCGUCCGCAGUGACUGUUUUACUGAUGUGAGAUCCAUCUCAAGACGGUCCCGAGUUACCCGAGGGCCAGUAAACCAUCAUGACAGUCACUUACACGGCAGAGGUUGCUACAUCGAGAGGUUUCGGCUGUUUCUGGAAGCUGCUAUUUAGGUGGAAAGGGAGCAUCUACAAGCUGGUGUGGCCGGACCUGGGGGUCUACCUGGCGGCCUACUACUCGCUCAACUUCCUCUACAGGUUCAUCCUGAGCAACGAGAGGAAACUGUUCUUCGAGCACGUGUGCGUGUACUGCGGCAACUUCGCCGACCUCAUUCCGGUUUCCUUCGUGCUGGGCUUCUACGUUUCGGUGGUGGUGAAGCGCUGGUGGGACUCUUUCUCCUCUAUCCCCUGGCCGGACUCCCUGGCCUUCUUCGUCAGCACGUUCCUGCAGGGACAGGACGACCGCGGCCGUCUCAUGCGUCGCACCAUCAUGCGGUACGCCAACCUGUCGUCGGUCAUCACGCUGCGUUGCAUCAGUCCUCCGGUCAAGAAACGCUUCCCGACGCUCGACCACCUGGUGGACGCUGGUCUUCUGUUGGGCAGCGAACGCGAUGUGUUCGAGCAGCUCAAGACGAACCACUCGACGUACUGGAUGCCCCUGGUGUGGGCCUCCAGCGUGGCGUCCAGGGCACGCAAGGAGGGACGCAUUCGGGACGACUUCGCACUCAAGACUAUCGUCGACGAAAUUGCGCAUUAUCGGAGCAACUGCGGAAGCCUAUUCAACUUUGACUGGAUCAGCAUUCCUCUCGUAUACACACAGGUGACCACCCUGGCGGUGUACACGUUCUUCCUGGCCACGUUGUUCGGGAGCCAGGGCCUGGACCCCAACGCGGGCUACAAGGGACACGAGAUCGACCUGUACGUGCCCAUCUUCAACUUCCUGCGCUUCUUCUUCUACAUGGGCUGGCUUAAGGUGGCAGAAACUCUGGUAAAUCCGUUCGGCGAGGAUGACGACGACUUCGAGAUGAACUGGGUCAUCGACCGUAACAUCCAGGUGUCGUACCUGGUGGUGGACGAGAUGCACCAGAACCACCCGGAACUGCUCAAGGACCAGUACUGGAACGAGGUCAUGCCUCCGGAGCUGCCUUACACGCUCGCCUCCAGGCAGUUCUACUGCUUCCCGCACCAGGGCUCCACGGCCUGCAUGAUCAUUCCGCCCAACAAGGCAAGCUUCGUGUCACGCGACAAGUUGGCAGCCAACACCCCGUUGCGGGGAGCCCUAAACGAGAAGCCGUUCAGAGCCUCGCGCUACUUCCACGCUGUCCAACAAAAACCUUGUGGGACCAAGGUCACAAAACGCGCCUUGGGUUACACGAGUAGUACUGCGUCACUUUGCAGUGCCCAGCUGAACAUAUUAAAAGUGUGCGAGAUGUUUUCGGGCCAUUUUACUCUAGGUAAAACCUUGGGGAACAUAAUUCAAAACAAAGUCAAGAACAGAAGUGCUAAGACCAGCGCACGACACGUGCAAGGACAGCCCAAGGAACCGGAAGGCACGGGGGCGAAGGACGACAUCCUCUCGUCGUCCGUUGAGGACGACCCUUCGACGGUCGUGUACAUGGACGGAGGCCAGUUCUUGCAGCUGUGGCACGUCUACAGGCAAGUCUGUUGGAGUGAUGUCAUCAGGGGGCAAAAGAACGACUGGAAGUUGAUCGUCGUCCUGGAGUUCGACACCGUUCGCUGGUGGCGUAUUGUGCCGGCCUCCGUCAGUGCCCUGGUCACCGUUUUCUUCUACUUGGUCGUCAACGUGAAGCUUGUUGUUGAGGAUGUCUAA